GUCUCCGUGUGGCGGCCACAGUUCACACGUCAGCCCGGUCUCUGGUUCUCCGCGCUGCGUUCUUUUCUCCACUGAAAAAAUAUCUGUCACCGUGUGAGGAGCGUCUCAGAAAUGAGCUGAACAAUUAAAAGAGUUAGAGAAGUGAAGUCUUAUCCCUGCGCAGAAACUCCCCCCGGGUCUGGUCUGGACUUGUAACUGACUGAAGAGGAUCACAGCAUCACAAACACUCCGACAGGGAAACUAGUGCCGUUUCAAUGGAGUUCCGGCUGACAGAUAGUCUGAGGGUUGUGUUCAUCUUGACCAUGCUCCUCGCCACGGGCUCAAGUGAAAACGACCAGAGCUUGAUGUUUUGCGGCACCUGGCAUCAUGGCAAACAGUCGCUGGACGUGAGCUUCAACCUCUCUCCAGGAUGCAAGGGGCUCUCCAUCUCAGCCAAUAAGAGCUCUCUGUCUGUCAACGGGCAGAUCACAGCCAAGUGUCGCACAUCUGAUGUGAUUCACCUCAAACAAUUGGGACCUGAGGAAAGUGAAGUCUGUCUGUACUGGGAACCAUUGCUGGACCAGUUGAAGCUGCAGAUCAGAGGAGAAAACCACACUCUGUGCAGGCCAACCAGCCUGCAGGGCUCCUGCUGCACAGAUCUGUCUCCGGCGGGCCCCAAUGAGCCCGAGGCCGACUACGGCAUCGGCAAUGGAAGAAUCAGAACAGACACCAUGAGCGACAAAACGUUCAUCGCCUUCAAGUUCACUGGGAGCUCCAUCAGCUGCAAAGACUUAUGUAAUCAAGCGAGAGGCGGAUCCACCCAAGUCAACAUGUUUGAUGAAAAUGCUGGAGAUCCCUGUGCUUCCAGCUUUGAGGUGGAGAUGAACGAUGAUUUCAGAGGCUACAACGUCACAUCUCCCGUCACUAAAGGUGUAUUUCAAGAGCCCACCGCCACUGUCCAUCUCCCCUCUGCUCUCAAACAAGCUGCGAAGAUGACGACCAAAGUAGUCUGCACGUUCUUCAGAAACAACACAGAAUUCCAGGUGGGUCAAAAGAAGGUCAGGAUUCUCAGUGAGGUUGUGGAAAUUACCGUGGAGAACGAAAUCAUCAUUGAUCUGGCUGAGCCAAUCAGGAUUGACUUUUACCAUGAUGCCAUACCUAAAAUGCAUUCAAGGAAAUGUGUUUCAUGGGACACCAGGAAAGACCCACUGCAGGUCAGGUGGCUGGAGGAUGGGUGUAUAACACAGCAGAGAGGAGAACAGAACACAGAGUGUCUGUGCAACCACCUGACCUACUUCUCCGUACUUGUGCAACUGGAGCCUCGACCAGUGCGCCAUCUCCUGGCCCUGACUGUAAUUACAUCUCUGGGCUGUGCCGUGUCUGUGAUCAGCUGCGUGGCUCUCAUCACUUUUCUCUGCAGGAAGAGCAGACGAUCAAAGGAGCAGUCCAUACCCAUCCACCUGGGCUUAGCCGUGUCCCUCGUCGCCCUCAACCUGCUCUUCUUCUUUACUGGGGUCCUGGCCAAUGUGGGCGGGGAGGGUCUGUGCACCUGGGUGGGGGCGGGCCUCCACUAUAGCCUGCUCAGCGCCUUCAUGUGGAUGGGUAUAGAAGUGUUCCACACAUUCUGGUUGGUGUACAUGGUUUUCACCCCUUCCCCAAAGCCCUACAUAUGGAACCUGGUCGGCUUCGUUCUCCCUGCUGUUCCUAUUGUCAUCCUGGCUGCAGUAGGUGACAUUUAUGGACUGAGAGAGGUGGUGCCAACCGAGGACGUCUCCAACCCUUAUCGGAUGUGCUGGAUGAAAGAUAACGACAAGGCGUUGCUGGCUCACUAUUUCACCACCAUGACGAUCCUGGUCAUCCUGGUGUUGUCGGGCAUCGUGAUGCUCUGCUUCGUCUACAGGAAGAUCCGUCCCAGGGCUGAGUGGAGGCAGAACCGCGUGGCUUUUCUCAGUAUCUGGGGCCUCAGCUGCCUCUUCGGAACAUCUUGGGGUCUGACCUUCCUGGACUUUGGUCACCUCUCUGACUUGGUUCUUUUCCUCUCCUGCAUCCUCAACUCCUUUCAAGGCUUCCUUCUGAUGCUGCGGUUCUACAUGCUGGAGUGGAUGAGGAAACAGGCUGGAGGCUCUGCUCUGGGCAGCAACAGCACCGGAUCGACGAGGCAACACAUGCUCAAGGCCCCGGAGAAGAGUUGAAGGGACUGAAAAGGGUGUAACACGGUCCAGCGGUCAAGCUUCUUGUGUAGAAUUAAAGUGUUCCAAUUAAUGUAAAUGAUAAAAUGGAGGAUGUGACACCACAGGCUGAGACACUGUAAAUUCAAAGUUUGUUCAGUUGUGGUAACUGCUGGGAAAUCCGCUGAAGAGUGAAUUACAAUGUGGCCCCAAUAAGAACUCUUUGGAAUCAAACAACACAGGAUGGUUAACAUAAGCACAAUGAGCUAAAUUCACAGAACACACCUCGUUGGAUUUUAAAACUUGCCUUAACUCGGAUUUCAGAGGUGAUGAUAGUGGUUCAGCAGUUCUGUCAAAAGAGACCAGUACCUUUAGUUCUUGAGGGAGUAAGAUUCCUUAGUUGUUUGAUAGAAUGAACAUUCAGCUAAAUUUGUUCAGAUGUAUUUGGCAAAUAAUAAUUUUAGUUUAAAGCUACUCUGGGAAUCAAGCUGCACUUGCAUGAGCCUCAGCUAAUGCAGGAAUCAGGCUUUUAUUAGCCUGUGACCCAGAAAUAAUGACGUCUUCCAGCUGCUAACACUGUAGCAUACUGUAGACCAGAAGCAUGGUCACUGGUCACAUAUUGACGGAAAUGUAUGGAUAUUAGCUAAAUAUCAUUUUAACAUUGCUGGAAGCAUUUUGCUCUGUCAGGUGUGGUACACUCCACAUCUGACUGUCAAAUCAGGAUAAAGAAAUACUUGAUUCUUCUUCUCUGGAGAAGAAAUGACACCCUCACUCAGGAACUCAUUAUUCAGGCCUGGAGCCUGUGUUUGUACAUUACCUAGACUGGCUCUAGGCAUAAAAGAAAAUUACUUUAUUUCUGAUUUUCAGUUUUAACCUGGAGAUAAAGUUAAGCUUUAUAUCCAGACAGGGAACCUUGGUGGAAGGGACAUUGAUUUCAUGUUAGUUACUGUGCUGUGAUUUCCAUUACCGUAUAUUAGUUGUAAAGAAAUGACUAUAGUUAAUUUUUGAAGCUCUUCUUGUACCUUCGAUAAGCUUUGAUUUAGAAUUUUGUACUGUGUACGCUUUUGUUUCAUAGCUGAGUCUUUUAAAGUAGCACUUUAGAUUUUGUAUAGUUCUAAUAUAAUUGAAGACAUUUCUUAAACAAUAUGUGUGUGUGCCUUGUAAAAUAAUAGCUGAAUGUUUUAUAUUAAAUAGACUCCAUCUUUUCUCUUUACUGUAUGCAAACAUUGAGUCAAAAUUAUUUGCUUAAAAUAUUAUUAUUUUCAGGUCUAAACCUGAAAAAUGGACCAAAUGCAUUGCAACUGAGUAAUAGUUAAAGUAUGUAUAUUUUUGUUUCUUUUUGUUUGAGAGUUUAUAGAUACUGUGAUGUUUGCACUGUUUUGUUCUCUAAAGGGAAUUUAUACGCCAC